AUGGGAGGUAAACGUCGAAAUAAGAACAAAAGUGAUCGCGACGAAUUGGCCGUAGCACCUUCGAGUUCUCGGCAACACACCGCGAAAACAAGCAGAGAGACGAAUGAUUUUGAAUUGGAUAAUGAGGACGACGCCGCAUCGGUUGCCUCGCAUUUGACGCUGGAUGAUGACCUUCAGAGUGUUAUGGCUGACGAUGAACUGGACAAUGAAGGUGAAGAUGAUGUAUCGAAUGAUUUGUCAUCGAGACUGUCCGAAUAUUUGGAUAAUGCCACAAAUAAAAAUAUCUCGAUUCGUUUGGCAGCAAUGAAUAAUAUCCAAAUGAUGUUGAUGAAGAAUUAUAUGAUAGAAGAGUUGGAGAAGUGGACAGUAACAGUGAUGGAUUUUAUUGAGAAAACAUUGAAGAAGACUGAUGAGGAAGCAUAUCGUGCAGCUGUUUUAUUGGCUCUUAUUUGUUUGCAGUUAGGUGAUUCAUUGAGCGAUCAAAUAGAGCCAAUAAUAAAUAUCCUAGUCCAAAUUAGUACUGAUUCGUCGAGGUGUGAAAAGAUCCGUGUUCAGUGUUUGAACACACUGUCAAUAUGCACAUAUUUGUGCGUUGAACAAGCCUCAACACUAUCCACUUGUGCGAAUUCGUUACGAUCAGUUUGGAUCACCACUAAAGCCAACUCUAUUUCAACGUCGGUUUUUAGUGCUGCUUUAGCUGGAUGGUCUCUUCUUAUCAAUCAGGCGGGCCGUCGAACACUAGAAUCAGCUCUGUUGGAUGAGUCUAAACUUUGUGCGUUCAUCGAUGGCGCUCAGGUGGACAUGCGUCUAAGUGCCGGUGAAUCGUUGAGUGUACUCUACGAAACAGCGAUUGAAACAAUGGGCGUAGCGUAUCGCUUCCCCAAUCACCAACACCUACUCGAAUUAUUGGAAACACUCUCAACAGAUUCGUUGAAAUAUCGAGCAAAGAAAGAUCGAAGAGUGCAACGCUUCUCAUUCAGACAAAUCUAUAAUUUUAUUAAGGAUCAAACGGCUCCAUCGAUGAAAAUCAAAUUCAGUGGUGAAACUUUAGAAUUGGAUUCAUGCGGAAAGAAAUUACUCUAUGACUUGCUAUGUGGUGUUCUACGUGGUGGUAUGAACUUGCAUUUGAAAUCGAAUCCGAUGUUGAGAGAAAUCUUUGAUUUAGGGCCUGUUCCAGAGCAUUUACCAGCAAAGAUGAGCAAAUUGCAAAGGAUGGCAAUACAGAAUGCGAUGAAUAAGACACGUGAUUUACAACGUGCAAAACAGCGCGAUAAACGUUCUUGUUGA